AUGGGUCUGGCCCCCGCCCAGGCCCCCAUCUCCCAGCCGGAUGCCACUGGCCACCAGAAGAAAGUGGUGUCAUGGAUAGACGUGUAUGCCCGAGCCACCUGCCAGCCGAGGGAGGUGGUGGUGCCCCUGGCUACGGAGUUCAUGGGUACGGUGGCCAAACAACUGGUGCCCAGCUGUGUGACUGUGCAGCGCUGCGGUGGCUGCUGCCCUGACGACGGCCUGGAGUGCGUGCCCACCGGGCAGCACCAAGUCCGAAUGCAGAUCCUCAUGAUCCGGUACCCAAGCAGUCAGCUGGGGGAGAUGUCCCUGGAGGAGCACAGCGAAUGUGAAUGCAGACCAAAAAAAAAGAAUGUGGUGAAGCCCGACAGCCCCAGGACCCUCUGCCCGCGCUGCCUCCAGCGCCGCCAGCGCCCUGAUCCCCGGACCUGUCGCUGCCGCUGCCGACGCCGCAGCUUCCUCCGUUGCCAAGGGCGGGGCUUAGAGCUCAACCCAGACACGUGCAGGUGCCGGAAGCUGCGAAGGUGACACAUUGCUUUUCAGACUCAGCAGGGCCACUUUCCUCAGCCUCACCCCAUUUGGACAAGAGAGGGGAACCUGGGGAGAAGACCCUAGCUCCAAGACCUUGGCCUCGAUGGAACUUGUUCCAGGACUUGGGACUCUCAGAGUGCUCUCCUACCAUCUGUCCUUCAUCUUCUGAGGCUGCCAGCUAACAGAAUUGAUGAGCCAUGACAGCAGCAAGAGAGCUCAUGUUCCAGCUUAGGGGAACAGGUGCUCUCGGUCUUUAACCACACCCUGUGCACCUGAGUUUAACAACUGGCUCCUGCAUCGCCUCACUACAAAGACCCCAAACCGCUGCACAUUUGGGCUUUGGUAUGAAAACUGUGACCUCCUUGUCCCUGAUAAAAGAGCUAGAAGGAG